AUGUGGAAAGCUUUGAACAGGAGACGCAUAGCUCUUGCAAGUUUGGCAGUCGCCGCUGGUGGGACCUCUUAUUAUCUCCACAAUACGAAUUCCACGAAACAAAGGGACUUUCAACGUCCUUCAGCAAUUACCCCCAAAAUUUUCAUGUCCGAGACAUAUGCAGACGCGAAUAGAUCAAUUCUAUUUGAAAAAAUGUCGGAUAAACCACACACUUUUUGGGCUCCACCUUCGAGAAAGGAAAUGCUAAGCAUGCUUAAGAAUUCGAUCAAGGAUAACGAAUCCGUUUUUGAUGUUCUAAUUAUCGGCGGUGGGGCUACCGGCGCGGGUACCGCUCUUGACGCCGCAACGAGAGGAUUGAAGGUAGCAUUGGUGGAAAGAGACGACUUUGCGGCAGGAACCUCCUCUCGUUCGACCAAACUUGUUCACGGAGGCGUUCGAUAUCUCGAAAAAGCUUUCAAGGAACUCGAUUAUGAACAAUACAAACUGGUAAGAGAGGCCCUUCAUGAACGUGCGACGUUCUUGCAUAUCGCCCCUUACCUAAGUUAUCCAUUACCCAUCAUUUUGCCAAUUUACAAGUGGUGGCAACUCCCAUAUUUUUGGGUUGGCGUAAAGGCUUACGAUUUCCUCGCGGGCACCGCAGGAGAAAAAUUGGAAAGCUCUUAUUUUUCAACUCGCAGUAAAACACUUGAAGCUUUCCCUUGGUUAAAAAAAGAGAAACUUGUCGGCGCCUUGGUUUACUAUGAUGGUCAACACAAUGAUGCGAGAAUGAACGUGGCUCUCGCCUUGACCGCGAUUUCUUAUGGCGCGGUCGUCGCAAAUCACGUCGAAGUAGUGAAUCUAUUAAAGGAUGAAAACGGGAAAGUCAUCGGGGCUCAUGUUAGGGACAAUUUGACCAACGAAGAGUGGGACAUUAGAAGCAAAGGUGUUAUAAAUGCUACUGGUGCAUUUACAGAUGGUAUACGUUCCAUGGACAAUCCCAGGACAGAGAAAAUCGUGCAACCAUCUUCUGGUGUGCACAUCGUUCUACCAAAUUAUUAUAGCCCCCGAAAGAUGGGAUUGUUAGAUCCUCAGACGUCGGACGGAAGAGUCAUCUUCUUUUUGCCCUGGGAGGGAGCCACCAUUGCCGGUACAACCGAUUCUCCCACAGAGUUAACAUACAACCCAGUUCCUAAGGAAGAGGAAAUACAAUGGAUUCUCGAAGAAGUUAGAAGAUAUUUGAGUCCGGAUAUCAAAGUUAGACGUAGUGAUGUUCUUUCUGCAUGGUCCGGCAUUCGUCCUCUGGUUCGUGAUCCGUCCGCCAAAAAUACUUCGGAAUUGGUGCGAAGCCACAUGAUCGAUGUUAGCGAGUCCAACAUGAUUACCAUCUCGGGUGGAAAAUGGACAACAUACAGAAACAUGGCAAAGGAAACUGUUGACGUAGCCAUCAAAGUGCUUGAGCUGAAGCCAUCAAAUGACAGCCUCACCGAAAGAGCCAAACUUGUUGGAUCGCACGGAUAUUCGAACACGACAUUCAUUAAAAUCAUUCAACAAUUCGGUAUUGAAACCGAGAUUGCCCAGCAUUUGGCUCAAAGCUACGGUGACCGUGCGUGGGCCGUCGCAGCGUUAUCAGAACCGACGGGUAAGCGUUGGCCAGUUUUUGGUCAACGGAUAAGUCCCUCGUACCCCUACAUUGAGGCAGAGGUUAGAUAUGCCGUCCGUCGAGAAUAUGCAUGCACUCUUGUGGAUGUGAUCGCACGUCGUACGCGUCUCGCAUUCAUCAACGCUCAGGCGACUCUCGAGUCGCUCCCUCGUAUUAUUGACAUCAUGAGCCAAGAGCUUGGUUGGUCUCCGGAACGUCAAACCCAAGAAUUCGAUCGGGCCGUUGAAUUCUUACAUACCAUGGGUCUCCCUAGACAAACCGAGAAAAUAACUAUCGAUAAAAUAAGGCAAGAUUCAUCUAAGCCUUUCAUCCGAGAGGUCUCGCCCUCUUUCCAUUUGCAGUUUCAACCCGAAGAGUUGGCCAGUUUCCAAAAAGUAUUUUCGGAUCUCGACAAAUCGGGAGAAGGUCAUAUCAAAUUUGUGGAAUUAGAUAAAGCAUUGGUCAUACUCGGAGUUUCCGUCCCCGAACAAGUUUUGAAAACAAUCAUCACGCAAAUAAACUUGGAGAACAAUGGAUCGAUAGAAUAUGGAAAGUUUUUAGAAAUCAUGGGAGGAGUGAAGGAAUAUCAUCUUUCCGAGAUAGCAGGCGACGACCGAAAGAUAGGUUACAAACAAAAGCGUAUCCCGAUCGAGAGGUCGUCUGGUGGUGUAUAA